GUGACACGUCACGUGACACGUCACGUGACGUCACAUCCGGAGUCACAUGGUCUGAAGUCCGCUGAGCCAAGAAUCCGACACCAUGCAGAGUUUGCUAUGUUUGAUGCUGCUGUCGGCUGUGGGCGUGGCUAAAACAUCACCUUUUACCGCACCGCCGCCAUUGGACCCUGAAGUCCAUAUGAACAUUACAGAGAUCAUCAGGAGGUGGGGCUACCCGGCGGAGGAGCACCAGGUGCUGACGGAGGACGGCUACAUCCUGAUGGUCAACAGGAUUCCUGGAGGGCUGAAAAAGACACAAGGUCCCAGAAGAGCAGUUUUCCUCCAACAUGGCCUCCUGGCGGCCGGCAGCAACUGGAUCACCAACCCGCCUCCUUCCAGUCUGGGCUACGUGCUCGCUGACGCCGGCUGUGAUGUGUGGCUGGGGAACAGUCGAGGGAACACCUGGUCCAGGAAACACCAGAAGCUCCGCCCAGAUCAGGACGACUUCUGGAGGUUCAGUUACGAUGAAUUGGCUCUGAAGGAUCUACCUGCAGUUGUGGACUACAUCCUGAAGGAGACCGGCCAAGAAGACAUUGUUUACAUCGGACACUCUCAGGGAACCACCAUAGCAUUCAUGGCGUUCUCCACGCUGCCACAACUGGCUGCCAAGAUCAAGUUGUUUAUUGCUUUGGCUCCCGUGGCAACCGUGUCCUUUACCAGCAGCCCUUUGACCAAACUCUCUCUGCUGCCCAACUUCCUGCUUUGGGACCUGUUUGGAAGGCGGGACUUCCUGCCUCAGAGUCACAUGAUCGAGUGGUUUGCAGAGCAUGUUUGUGCCAAGCGUCUGCUCAGUAACUUGUGUGGAAAUCUCUUCUUCAUCCUGUGUGGCUUUGAUGAAAAGAACCUCAACAUGACUCGGACAGCUGUCUACACCACACACUGUCCUGCAGGCACGUCUGUGCAGAACAUGAUGCACUGGGCCCAGGCGGUCCGAGGCGGGCAGCUGAUGGCGUUUGACUUUGGCACGGCAGGAAACAUGAAACAUUACAACCAGAGCACGCCCCCCCAGUACCGAGUGCAGGACAUGAAGGUUCCCACCGCCAUCUUCUCCGGGGGCCGAGACACGCUGGCCGACCCCAAAGACGUGGCCGUGCUCCUCACUCAGGUGUCCAAGCUGGUCUUCCACCAGCACAUUGACCACUGGGAACAUCUGGACUUCAUCUGGGGUCUCGACGCCCCGCAGCUCAUGUUUCCUUCUGUCCUCAAACUUCUGCACACAAUACCCUAGAGGGCGCCACUGUGUGUGUGUGUGUGUGUGUGUGUGUGUGUGUGUGUGUGUGUGUGUGUGUGUGUGUGUGUGUGUGUGUGUGUGUGUGUGUGUGUGUGUGUGUGUGUGUGUGUGUGUGUGUGUGUGGACACACCACAUGUAAGUGUGUGUGUGUGUGUGUGUGUGUGUGUCUGGACACACCACAUGUAAGUGUGUGUGUGUGUGUGUGGCCCCUUCUCAAAAGCAACAACUAAUCCAAACGUUUGUAUCUAAAGUCAAUAUUUCUAAAUGCUUUUAUUUCCUGUUUUACAACUUUUUAAUUUCCUGUCAUUUUUUCAUCUUUAUGAAGAUGUUCUACUAAACAUCUUGGAGUGAAAUAAAUACUUUUAUCUUA